CUGGUUGUCGGGUGCGCAUGCGCACUUGCGGGCCUGUUCUGACACCUUCGGGCCUCCUGGAAUGGGAGAGAGUAGGAGGUGUCGCGAGAGUUGACCUCUAGCUUUGUGGGAGCUUUAACUAUGGCGAGCUUUGGGGUCGGGGCUGAACAGGAGCCCCUCUUAGGAGACCAUACACCAGGAAGCAGAGGGGAUAUUAUAGAAACUGAGGAGCAUUAUAAGAGCCGAUGGAGAUCUAUUAGGAUUCUGUAUUUUACUAUGUUUCUCAGCAGUGUAGGAUUUUCUAUUGUGAUAAUGUCAAUAUGGCCAUAUCUCCAAAAGAUUGAUCAGACAGCCGAUGCAAGUUUUUUGGGCUGGGUUAUUGCUACAUUUAGCCUUGGCCAAAUGGCAGCUUCACCUUUAUUUGGUUUGUGGUCUAAUUAUAGACCAAGAAAAGAACCUCUCAUCGUUUCCAUUUUCAUUUCGGUGGCAGCCAACUGCCUCUAUGCCUAUGUCCACCUACCACCUUCUCAUAAUAAAUACUACAUGUUGGUUGCUCGUGGAUUAGUGGGAUUUGGAGCAGGAAAUGUAGCUGUUAUUAGAUCAUAUAUUGCUGGUGCUACCUCUCUUCAAGAAAGAACAAGUGCCAUGGCAAACACAAGUGCAUGCCAAGCAUUAGGUUUUAUCCUAGGUCCAGUUUUUCAGACUUGUUUUGCACUCAUUGGAGAAAAGGGUGUGACAUGGGAUACCAUUAAGCUGCAGAUAAACAUGUAUACAGCACCUGUUUUACUUAGUGUCUUCCUGGGAAUAUUAAAUAUUAUUCUGAUCCUUACUAUAUUAAGAGAACAUCGUGUGGAUGACUCAGGACGACAGUGUAAAAAUAUUAAUUUUGAAGAAGUAAGUACCGAUGAAGUUCAGGUUCCCCAAGGAAAUAUUGAUCAAGUUGCUGUUGUGGCCACCAAUGUUCUGUUUUUCGUGGUUCUGUUUAUCUUUGCCCUUUUUGAAACCAUCGUUACUCCAUUAACAAUGGAUAUGUAUGCCUGGACCAGAGAACAAGCUGUAUUAUAUGAUGGAAUAAUACUUGCUGCUCUUGGAGUUGAGGCAGUUAUUAUUUUCAUGGGGAUAAAAUUAGUUUCCAAAAGUAAGAUUGGAGAGCGUGCUAUCCUACUGGGAGGACUCAUCGUUGUAUGGGUUGGCUUCUUUAUCUUGUUACCUUGGGGAAAUCAGUUUCCUAAAAUACAGUGGGAAGAUUUACAUAAUAAUUCAAUCCCUAAUACCACAUUUGGGGAAAUAAUUAUUACUCUUUGGAAGUCUCCAAGAGAAGAUCACAAUGAAGGACCAACUGGUUGUCCAUUUGAACAAGCCUGGUGCCUCUACACCCCCAUGAUCCAUCUGGCCCAGUUCCUGAUAGCAGCUGUGCUAGUUGGAAUAGGCUAUCCAUCCUGCAAUGUUAUGUCCUAUACAUUAUAUUCAAAAAUUCUGGGACCAAAACCUCAGGGUGUGUACAUGGGUUGGUUAACAGCAUCUGGAAGUGCAGCACGGAUUCUUGGACCUGUGUUCAUCAGCCAAGUGUAUACUGCCUGGGGCCCACGAUGGGCUUUCAGCCUUGUGUGUGGGCUAGUGUUGCUUACCAUCACACUCCUGGGUGUGGUUUACAAAAGACUCAUUGCUUUCUCUGUGAGGCAUGGAGGAAUUCAGGAGUAACUUAGCUAAGUCUGUGAUGGAAAGUACUUGUCAUGUAGACCUUCCUCUUUUAAGGCUCUGCUAGACAGUUGUUAGUAGUCAGUUUCCCAAAAUCAGGUUGGAGGUACUGUAUGCUUUGAAUAACAAGAAUAUUUAUUCAAUAACACAGGGAAUUCUAUGUGUAAGUGUGAAUAACAAGAUAACAUAAAAAACUCUGGAUCAUAGUUUCCUUAUCUCAAAAAAAAAUAGUCUUCAUAUAAUUUUUGGGGAGGUGUGUAGCAUGAACUCAUGUGUGAAAGGACAGUGGUCUAUAAAUGGGAAGUUACACUCUUAAUUCAAACUGUCAUUAAAAUAACAAGAGACUAUCUAUGCAGUGAAAUCAUAGAGAGAGUUCUUUAUUUUAGGGCCGUACCUGCGGUAUAUCAAAGUUCCCAGGCUAGGGUUCAAAUUGGAGCUACAGCUGCCGGCCAACACUACAGCCACAGCAACACUGAAUCCUCAACCCACUGAGUGAGACCAGGAUUGAACCUGCAUCCUCACGGAUACUAGUCUGGCUCAUUACCACUGAGCCACAACAGGAAUUUCCCAUAGGGAGAGUUCUGUAUGAAUUACCUGUAAUAGAAUGAAAUUAUAGAAAUUGUCUACCUAAACAGAGAUACAUUUAUUCAAAGGUAUCUCUUUUUUAAUUUAUAAAAAAAAUGGGAGUUCCUGCUGUGGUGUAGCAGGUUGGGGAUCAGGUGUUGUUUCUGCAGUGGUACGUGUUUGAUCCCCAGGCUGGUGCAGUGGGUUGAGGAUCCAGCAUUGCCACAACUGUGGUGUAGGUUGCAGCUGUGGCUUGGGUUUAAUCCCUGGCCCAGAAACUUCCAUGUGCCAUAGGUGCAGCCAAAAAAAAAAAAAAAAAAAAAAAAACGAACAAACAAAAAACCCACCAUGCAUUUUUUUGUUACUAUCGAAUUUUCUUUACGAAAUAAAAUCAUUACUUCUAAAUUUUCCACUCACCAUGCCUGCCAUUCCACAUUAGCUUCUAUAAGUCAUUGUUUUUAAUACUAUACUUUUGUCUUAAUUUUGGUUUGGGAUCUCGCUGAAGAAUCCCAAAGUUAAUACAUGAGUAUGAGUAAGGCUCAUAUUUGAGGAAUAAAGAGAUUAAGCGAUCAAGAUGGGUUUCACUACCUUUAGUAGGGAUAACCACUUUUUUCUUUGAAGUCCUAAUAAAUAAUUCACUUUAGAAAUAUAAGCCAGAUGUAUCUUGUAUACAUAUUGAACAGCAAACUUAAAAUUGUUGGCAUUUUCCAAAUCCUUUAAAUUCUGGAGAAAAACUAUUACUUCAUUUACUUCUUCUGUCUCUCAAUAGUGGUAUGGAAGACACAGAAGUUUUCAAUCUGUGUCUGCAGAACUCCUCAGAACUACAGAAUUUUGGAGUUCUCGUCGUGGCUCAGCAGAAACGAAUCUGACUAGCAUCCUUAAGGACGCAGGUUCAAUCCCUGCUUAACUCAGUGGGUUGAGGAUCCAUCGUUGCCAGAACUAUGGUGUUGGUCUCAUGCAUGGCUUGGAUCCUGUGUUGCAGUGGCUGUGGUGUAGGCAGGUGGCUGCAGCUCCAAUUCAACCCCUAGCCUGGGAACCUCCAUAUGCCAUGGCGUGGCCCUAAAAAGACAAGAAACGACAGAAUUUUAAGUUUGAGUAGUUCAUGCCAGCUGUAAAACAGUCAAGCUAAUAUUUGAGGUAAAAUGGCUUUAAUCUAACAGUUUACUGAGUUUACAAAUGUGGGCUAAAUCACAUUCUCUGUGUAUACACUUCUACUCUAUGUAGAUCGAAUGCUGCUAAAAGGGACUAGCACAAAGCUAUGUAUGUAGAUAAUAUUACCCCAAAAUGCAGAAAUAUUUCUAAAUACUUUCCCAAAUGUUCCUACUGUAAAUUAUAAAUAUUUUCAAAUAUGAGAGUAAACACUAUAAUCUGCACUUUA